AUGGUACAUGCAAUGACGAAUCAGAGCUCUGUGACCACGUUUAUUCUGGUGGGUUUCUCAGACUACCCACGCCUCCAGCUGCCACUCUUCUUUAUGGUCCUGGCCGUUUACACAGUCACUCUGGUAGGCAACGCAGGCAUAAUUGUGGUUAGAAGGGUCAAUCCUAAACUUCAUACACCUAUGUACUUUUUUUUGAGCCAUCUUUCAUUUUUGGAUAUAUGUUAUUCUAGUGUAUUUACACCAAAAUUAUUGGAGAUCUUGGUUGUGGAUCAUAGAACUAUCUCUUUAAAAGGUUGCAUGACACAGUUUUUCUUUGGCUGUGCUUGUGUGAUUACGGAGAUGUUCAUGUUAGCAGUUAUGGCCUAUGACAGGUUUGUGGCUGUUUGUAACCCUCUACUCUACACUGUUGCUAUGUCUUAUCAAUUGUGUGCUCUCCUAGUAGCUGGAAGUUAUAUGUGGGGUGGUCUCUGUGCUGUGAUAAUCACAUACACACUCUUAGAGCUGUCUUAUUGUAGACCUGGCAUCAUCAAUCACUUUGGCUGUGAGUACUCUGCCAUCAUAUCUGCAUCCUGCGCUGACUCCACCUUCAGCCAGAUGGCAUGCUUAGUCAUUUCCAUAUUAAGUGAGGGUAGUAGCCUUCUCAUCACCAUGGCUUCCUAUGUCUUCAUAGUGAUAACAAUCAUCAAGAUGCCUUCUAAGGGAGGACUCCGGAAAGCCUUCUCCACUUGCACUUCCCACUUGACUGCCAUCAGCAUCUUCCAUGGGAUCAUUCUGCUUCUCUACUGUGUGCCCAAUGCAAACAGCUCACAGCUCCUGGUCAAAGUAGCAACAGUGCUCUAUACAGUCUUGAUCCCCAUGUUGAACCCCCUUAUCUACAGUCUAAGGAACAGAGAUGUGAAAGAGACAGUCAAGAGGAUCAUCAGCUCAAUACUUCCCUCUCGGUUUAUUUGA